AUGUCCAGAGAUCUACAUCCAACGAUCAAUAGUAGUGAAGAUUUCCGGGACGAUUUCGAGAAUGAGGGGUUGUUUGGAACGAACGAAUCCGGAAUACCCGUACCCGUCUCAUCAGUGUCCCUAGGCAACAUCCACCACGGAGGCCUUCCUUCCCCUUCUACUUCUCGGAUACAUGAGAACGACGAGGGAGUUGAAACAUUGCCUCAUAGUCUUUUACUUGAUUGGUUGAAGCGGAAAGAGACUGAUGAUCCUAAGGUUGGCUUGGGGAAACUAGUAGUUCUACCUUCGUUUCCCGAAUUGAUGUCUCGAGUAGCUGCGCAUGAAAAGGCAGCCAAGCUCCCUACCCAUGUCUCAACUAGCUCCCAAGAAUUCAUACCCUACACUGUGAGGCAGGUACAUUGGGUGCAGAUCGAUGCUGGAGCUUCCGGAAAUGCUAUAUAUGUCGGCUUGGAAAUCUUGGCAGCUGUGAUAUUCUUCAAAGUCUUGAAGGAAAUCAAAGCUUCAAAUGUCGUAGAUGUACCAAAAGGGGAUUGGAUUGUGGAAUACGCCCGAGCAAACCAUCUACUGUACAGUAUGUACAUCAUUCUUGACACUGGCUGGUACCUUGCGGCUGGAAUCGGCUUAGGAAACCUAGGUAUGAGGUGA